CAUCUUGUUCAACUUAAACAUGAAACAUUACAUUAUGAAAAAAUCCUAGCUUUUUCUUCUCUUUAAAGCUCGCUCACUCCUUGAGAAUCCCACUUACUUAGUGUUUGGAGUUGGUUGCAUAUAUAUAUAUAUAUGAUAUGUACCUUCACAAUCACAAAGUAUAUCGUUCAAACUUGUAGGAUUUGAGUAUUAGAAGAAGAAAGAAGAGAUUGUUUAUAGUAAAGGGAAGAUUAAUGGGUGUCCCUAAUCAAAAUCAAAAUCAAAAUAAUCAUUUCUAUCCUCAAGAACUUCAAUUAAAACUAUACCAAGCAUUCAUAUUUUCAGUACCGAUUCUUUUCUCUAUAAUUCUUCUUCUCUUGUUUUAUCUCUUUUACCUCAAAAGAACUAGAGAUCAAGCAAGCAAUCACCCCACUUCACUUCCCACAACAAUUCAUAGUGCUCCAAGAAGUACCAAUAAUCAACCCACUUCAAUCCUUCCAUUCAUGUCAAUAGAUGUUGGUUUGAUCAAGGAAGAAUUAAAGGAGAAGCUUCCAAUAGUCACAUUCGAUGAAAGCUUAAGAGACAAAGAUUCAUUAUGUUGCGUAUGUCUGGGUGAUUUCGAGCUCAGGGAGCAAUUGCAGCAGAUUCCGUCGUGCAAGCAUGUGUUUCACGUCGAAUGUAUUCAUCAUUGGCUCCGCACAAACUCGACAUGUCCGCUGUGUCGGUGCUUCAUCCUUCCGGUUAAGAAGACAGAUCCUGCAGUAGACCCUCCACUUCCACCGGUUUGAUCAUCGGAGCUCAAUUUUCAUGGUUACAAAAAACACACAAAAAGAAAGCAAAAAAUGAUCGCCAUUGAACCAUCAUUACCGGAAGAAAAUGCGGGGGUGGCCGGGAAAGUGCGCAUCCCCUGAUAUAUUUUAAGGCAACCAAAAACGAGCAGUCUAUACACACAUGCAGCAUAUACGUAGAUGAAGCCUAAUAUUUCCAUUUCUUAUUCAAACUUUGCCAUGUAUCAUCCAGAUUCUCAAUGUUGUUCACCGUUUUAAGUUUUCUGCCACCCGAAAUCCCAAUUAACACCGGCAACCAGUGACGGAGCUAGGGCUGUAUCAUAUUUUUCCUGGUUGCCGGAGCAAGGACUGUAACACAUUUGCCUGGUUGCCGGAAUUAGGACUGUAAGAAAUUUGUCAGGUCAUGUUAUGACAGUAAAUUAUUUCAUCA